CUCUCUCAGUUGGAAACUAGAAUAUAUAUCUCUCUCGAUCAGAUCGGUAAUCAAAAGAAAACCCCUCUUUUGAAAACCCCAAAUUUCGUCAGAAAGUUCUGAUUUUUUUCAUUCAAUCUUCUUCUCAAUCUCUUUGUAUAUAUUAUCCCUCUCAUUCUAUCACCAUCAACUCUCUAUUAUCUUUGUAAAGAAUCUUUUCGAUCGAUCUUUUUUAGGUUUUUGUAACUCUGGCAAUGCUUAAUUAAAGAUGAAGUUGAAAAAAAGGAGGGUUUUAGAAGUGUGAGUGCUAUUGUUUUAGAAAAUUAGCAAAAUUAUGAAUUAUCCAGUUCAUUACAAGGGCUUGGUUUGGGUUGAUAUGGAAGUCAAAUACAUCUAAGGGUCAUCAGGGGAAGCUAAUGCAGAUUAGUUGUGAUAGAGCAACAUAGAACUAAGCUUUAAGCCUCCUAAAAUCAAAUCAUUCAUUAACAGCGUCACUGCUGUUCCACAUGAGAAAAUUGAGGAAUCUCUAAAAGGGUUUGCCUGGGAAUAUGAUAAGGGAGAUUUUCACCAUUGGGUCGAUCUCUUUAAUCAUUUUGAUUCAUUCUUUGAGAAGCACAUAAAGUCGAGGAAGGAUUUGCAUAUUGAAGAUGAUUCUCUGGCCGUCGAUUUUCCCUUCCCAAGAGGAGCUGUUCUCAGCAUUCUCCGUGUUAUAAGGAUAGUUUUGGAGAAUUGCACGAACAAGCAUUUCUAUAGUUCUUAUGAGCAGCAUCUUUCGUCUCUGCUUGCUUCUACUGAUGCAGACAUUGUCGAGGCAAGUCUACAAACUUUGGUUGCAUUCUUGAAGAAAACCAUGGGGAAGUGCUCUAUACGAGAUGCAUCACUAGGUUCAAAGUUAUUUACUUUUUCACAAGGCUGGGGGAGCAAGGAUGAAGGCCUUGGCAUCGUCUCAUGUGCUGUAGAGAAGGGUUGUGAUCCAGUAUCUUAUGAAUUGGGUUGUACCCUCCACUUUGAGUUCUAUUCAGCAAGCGGUUCAUCAAAUGAGGCAACAACAACAAACCAGAUGACUGAAGGGUUACAAUUCAUUCAUUUGCCCAACAUACACACCCACGAAGAAAGUGACCUAGAGCUUCUUAAUAACCUAGUAUCAGAGUGGAAGGUACCUCCUAGUUUGAGAUUCUCUUUGCUGACAAGAUUGCGGUUUGCAAGGGCCUUUGGAUCUUUAGCUGCAAGACAGCAGUAUAUAUGUAUUCGCCUCUAUGCUUUUAUAAUACUUGCUCAAGCAAGCCAUGAUGCCGAAGACUUGGCUGCAUUUUUCACUAAUGAGCCUGAAUUUGUCAGUGAACUGGUAAGCUUAAUCAGUUACGAAGAGGCUGUUCCCGAAAAGAUUCGCAUUCUGGGUAUACAAGCUCUGGUUGCUCUUUGUCAAGAUCGUUCCCGUCAGACAACAGUAUUAAGUGCUGUGACUUCAGGCGGCCAUCGUGGAAUUCUAUCCAGUCUCAUGCAAAAGACUAUUGAUUCUAUUACCAGUGAUGUCUCAAGAUGGUCUGUUGUUUUUGCUGAAUCUCUCUUAUCUCUUGUCACUGUUUUGGUUUCAUCGUCUUCUGGCUGCUCGGCCUUGCAGGAAGCUGGAUUCAUACCCACUCUUCUUCCUCUUCUUAAUGAUACGGACCCCCAACACUUGCACCUGGUCAGUACUGCAGUUCAUGUUCUAGAAGCCUUUAUGGAUUAUAGUAAUCCGGCUGCUGCAUUAUUUAGAGAUUUGGGAGGUUUAGAUGACACUAUUGCCCGUUUGAAAAUUGAAGUUUCUCACGUAGAGGAGAAAGGUUCAAAAAAACCUGGAGAAGAGUCCCAGGGUAGUCGCAAGGGAAAAGAAGUGGUUUCAGAUUUUUCAGCGGAGGUAGAUAAUGUACAUCCUCAAUAUAACGAUGCAUUGGUUGCUUAUCACCGCAGGUUGCUUAUGAAAGCUUUACUGCGUGCUAUAUCACUUGGCACUUAUGCCCCUGGAAGUGCUGCUCGUAUUUAUGGCUCUGAAGAGAGCUUAUUACCUCAUUGCUUGUGUAUUAUUUUCAGAAGAGCCAAAGGUUUUGGUGGUGGUGUAUUUUCUCUUGCAGCUACUGUCAUGAGCGAUCUCAUUCACAAAGACCCAACCUGUUAUCCUGUUUUAGAUGCGGCUAAUCUUCCUGCUGCUUUCCUGGAUGCUAUUAUGGAUGGGAUCCUUUGCUCUUCUGAAGCUGUCACAUGCAUCCCUCAAUGCCUGGAUGCACUGUGUUUGAACAACAGCGGUCUUCAGGCUGUAAAGGAUCGCAAUGCUCUUAGGUGCUUUGUUAAAAUAUUCACCUCUAAAUCUUAUCUACAUGCCCUGGCCGGCGAUACUCCUGCUUCUCUGUCGACUGGUUUGGAUGAGUUGAUGCGCCAUGCUUCUUCCUUGAGAGCACCUGGAGUUGACAUGUUAAUUGAGAUCUUGAAUACCAUUUCGAAGAUUGGCAGUGUGGUGGAAGCUUCUUCUUCAGCGAUUGAUUCUCAGUGCUCUUCCGCUCCUGUUCCAAUGGAAACCGAUAUAGAUGAAAAGAAUGUGGUUUCAGGAGAGGAUGGGGAACCAUCCAAAAUGGAAAGUUCUGACCAAGUUACUGAAACUUCUUCUGAGGGCCCAUUGGCUGAUACCGAGUCUAUACUGCCUGAAUAUAUAAGUAAUGCUUCUCGUCUUCUGGAAACCGUUCUUCAGAAUGCGGACACAUGUCGUAUAUUUAUUGAGAAGAAGGGUGUUGAAGCUAUUCUACAGAUAUUUAAUUUGCCAUUAGUGCCUCUUUUUGUUUCUAUUGGUCACAAUGUAGCUGCUGCGUUCAAGAAUUUUUCGCCUCAGCAUUCUGCUGCUCUAGCUAGGGUGGUGUGCUCGUUCUUGAGGGAACGUUUGAAGUUAACUAAUGAAUUAUUAAGUUCUGUGGCAGGAUCUCAAAUCGGUAGGAUAGAGUCAGCAAAGAAAAGUGAAGUCUUGAGAUGUCUUUCUAGUCUGGAAGGUCUUCUGGCUUUUUCCAAUUCGCUUUUGAAGUUGUCCAGCAGUAUGAUGCCUGAACUGGGAAACGCAGAUGCUGAUGUUGUGAAAGAUUUAGGGAGAGUUUACAGGGAAAUACAAUGGCAAAUAUCUUUAUCCAGUGAUAUCAAGGUGGAAGAGAAGCGAGGAGAUCAAGAAUCAGGAUCCAAAGAUGCUUCUGCAUCAAGUGGUCUUGGAACUGAAGAUGAUUCUAAUCUUCUUCCGAUGGUAAGAUACACGAGUCAUGGCACUAUGAGGAAUGGUUCUCGCUCACCAUGGAAUGCGGAGCAGGAGUUUUUGUCUGUGGUUCGUUCUGGAGAAGGCAUACAUCGUCAUGGACGACAUGGGUUAGCACGGAUUCGUGGUGAAAGGCUUAUUCGACAUAUGGAGUCUUCAAGCAUUGACAUAGAAGGUCCUAGAAGUGCAUCAGAGAGUUUUUCUGUCCAAGAUGUCAAAGCAAGAAGUCCUGAUGUUGUCUUACUGGAAAAUCUAAAUAAACUUGCUCUUACGAUGCGUUUGUUUUUUGCUGCUCUUGUUAAGGGGUUUACAGGUCCGAACCGUCGUAGAGCUGACUCUGGUUCUGUGAGUGCUGCCUCUAAGAGCCUUGCUACAUCCCUUUCAAAAAUCUUUCAUGAGGCUCUGAGUUUUUCUGGACACUCUACUUCAGCUGAUCCUGACAUGUCUCUGUCAGUGAAGUGUCGUUAUCUUGGAAAAGUUGUGGAUGACAUGGUGGCUCUCACUUUUGAUAGCAAACGGCGUGGAUGCAAUACAGUCCUGGUGAAUAAUUUUUAUGUUCAUGGAACCUUCAAGGAACUUUUAACCACAUUUGAGGCUACAAGCCAAUUGCUCUGGACUUUACCUUUUUCUGUUCCUUUAUCCGGGACUGACCAAGAUAAGGCAGGUGAAGAAGACAAGCUGUGUCGCUCAUCUUGGUUGAUUAGUACAUUACAAAGUUAUUGCCGUAUGCUAGAAUAUUUUGUAAAUUCUGCUCUCCUUUUGUCCCCGACGUCUUCAUAUCAAGCUCAGAUGCUUGUUCAGCCGUUUGCAUCAGGAUUGUCAAUUGGCCUGUUUCCUGUUCCAAGGGAUCCCGAAGUUUUUGUGCGUAUGUUACAGUCUCAGGUUCUUGAUGCAGUCCUUCCUGUAUGGAAUCACCCCAUGUUUCCUAGUUGCAGCUCUGCUUUCAUCUCUUCAAUGGUUUCUCUUAUUACACACAUAUAUUCCGGUGUAGGAGAUGUAAAGCGGGGAAGAAAUGGUACCACAGGAAGUGCAGCUCAACGUUUCAUCGCCCCACCUCCUGAUGAAUCUACUAUUUCUACGAUUGUUGAAAUGGGAUUUACUCGUACGAGGGCAGUUGAAGCACUGCGACGGGUGGAAACAAAUAGUGUUGAGAUGGCCAUGGAGUGGUUGUUCAGUCAUGCCGAAGAUCCUGUGCAGGAAGAUGAUGAGUUGGCUCGGGCACUUGCUUUGUCACUUGGAAGUUCGUCAGAAACAUCAAAAGAGGAUAACACUGAUAAGGCGAAAGAUGUGCUUACAGAGGAGAGAGUAACAGAUGCACCUCCAGUUGAUGAUAUUCUUGCUUCUUCUAUGAAGUUGUUCCAAAGUAGUGAGUCGAUAGCUUUCUCAUUGACAGAUUUGCUUGUGACACUCUGUAAUCGAAACAAAGGCGAAGAACGUCCAAGAGUUGUUACCUAUCUGAUUCAGCAAUUGAAGCUCUGUCCUUCAGAUUUUUCAAAAGAUACAGGUCUCUUGUGUACGUUAUCACAUAUUUUGGCCUUGCUUCUUUCUGAAGAUGGUGGUACUCGAGAAACUGCUGCAGAAAAUGGUAUCGUCUCUGCUGCAAUUGAUAUCUUGACGAACUUCAAGGCGAGGAAUGAGUCAGGAGAAGAGGUUGCGGUCCCAAAAUGUAUAAGUGCUUUAUUACUUAUCCUGGAUAACAUGUUGCAAUCUAAGCCCAGAGUUUUACCCGAGUCUACUGAAUCUAUGACAGAGUCUGCUGAAGACCAACCUCCACAAUCACUCUCCACAGGUGUAGAAGAGAACAAACCUGCUUCGGAGGAGGCCAAGGAUAAAGAAGCUAGUAGUAAUGUAUUUGAGAAAACAUUAGGGAAGUCUACUGGUUACUUGACUCUUGAGGAGAGCCAAAGGGUACUUUCAGUUACUUUGGAGUUUAUAAAACAGCAUGUCCCAGCUGUGGUCAUGCAGGCUGUUCUGCAGUUAUGUGCUCGCUUGACAAAAACCCAUACUGUAGCCAUGCAAUUUCUUGAAAAUGGAGGUUUGGUGGCCCUUUUUAGCCUCCCAAGUAGUUGUUUCUUCCCUGGAUACAAUAGUGUAGCAUCUGCUAUCGUUAGGCACCUACUUGAAGAUCCCCAAACCUUACAAACAGCUAUGGAGUUGGAGAUUCGACAAACUAUCUCUGGUACUCUUAGCCGUCAUGCGGGUCGUCUUUCACCUAGAAUUUUUUUGUCAGCUAUGGCACCUGUUAUUUCUAGAGAUCCAGUGGUCUUCAUGAGAGCCACAGCUGCAGUUUGUCAAUUGGAGACGUCAGGAAGCCGGAUAAACGUGGUCUUAUCUAAAGAAAAAGAAAAAGAAAAAGAGAAGGAAAAAGACAAAUCAAAAACAUCUUGUGGUGAAGCUGGACUAUCUUCUAAUGAUGGUGUUCGGAUAUCUGAAAAUAAGCAGCAACUUGAUGGUCCAGGCAAAUGUUCUAAAGGCCACAAGAAGGUUCCUGCUAACCUCACACAAGUGAUUGACCAGCUCCUGGAAAUAGUCAUGAGUUACCCUUCAGCACAAAACCAGGAAGAGUUAACAAAUUCAUCGGUUCCUAUGGAAGUAGAUGAGCCUGCUAUGAGGAAAAAGGGUAAAUCAAAAGUUGAUGAUACAAAGAAAGUGGAAAUGAAUAGCCUCUCAGAAAGAUCGACUGGGUUAGCAAAAGUGACGUUUGUCCUUAAGCUGUUGAGUGAUAUUCUUCUGAUGUAUGUACACGCAGUCGGGGUGAUUUUAAAACGGGAUCUGGAAAUAUGCCAACAACGAGGAUACACUUCAGUGGAUGGUUUUGGGCAAGGUGGAGUACUGUAUCAUAUUUUGCAUCGGCUACUCCCGCUAUCUUCUGAUAAAACUGCUGGCGCAGCUGAUGAAUGGAGUGACAAGCUGUCUGAAAAAGCCUCAUGGUUUUUAGUGGUGCUCUCUGGUCGUUCUAGUGAAGGGCGUAGACGUGUCAUCAAUGAAAUUGCUCGAGCGUUAUUUUCAUUUUCAAACCUGGAGAACAAUUCAUCAAAGAACAUCUUAUUGCCAAAUAGAAGUGUUUUAGCUUUUGCCGACUUGGUUAAUUCGAUAUUGUCAAAGAAUUCAUCCUCAAGCAAUUUACCUGGUCCUGGUUGCUCACCAGACAUAGCAAAGACAAUGAUUGAUGGAGGGAUGAUUCAGUCACUGACUAGUAUUGUACGGAUUAUUGAUUUGGAUCAUCCUGAUGCUCCAAAAGUUGUGAAUCUCAUAAUCAAGGCUUUAGAGAGCUUAACAAGGGUUGCUAAUGCUAGUGAACAGCUCAGGUCGGAUGGGUCCAAGAAAAAAGUUGCUGUAACAAAUGGGAGAAGUGGAGAUCAAACAAAUGCAUUUUCAGCUGGUGAAGCUGUGGAGAACAACCAGAAUCAGAUCAAUCAACAGGAGGGUAACGAUGCUCCACAACUUGAGCAACAUCAGCUUCAGGGUACUUCUAAUACUGACGGGGAUCAAGGUGGGAGUCCAGAUCAGUCCAUGGAGCAAGAUACAAGAGUAGAAGGAGAAGAAACCACUGCUAACCCGCCUGUGGAGCAUAGGGAAGAGUUCGUACGGGAGGAGAUGGAAGAAACUGGUGCAUUACACAGUAACAGUGACGGAAUUGAGAUGACUUUCCGAGUUGAACACAGGGCAGAUGAUGAAAUGGGUGAUGAAGAUGAUGAGGAUAUGGGAGAUGAUGACGAGGAUGAUGAAGACGAGGAUGAGGAGGAAGAGGAUAUAGCAGAAGAUGGUACUGCGCUGAUGUCUCUAGCAGAUACUGAUGUGGAGGACCAUGACGAUAGUGGUCUCGGGGAUGAGUACAAUGACGAGAUCAUUGAUGAAGAAGAUGAUGAAUUCCAUGAAAAUCGUGUUAUAGAAGUGAGGUGGAGGGAAGGCUUGGAUGGUUUAGAUCAUUUGCAGGUUCUUGGCCGGCCUGGAGCUGCAGGAGGCCUCAUCGAUGUUGCUGCCGAGCCUUUCCAGGGGGUAAAUGUGGAUGACAUAUUUGGUCUUCGAAGGCCUCUAGGUGUUGAGAGACGCCGUCAAACUGCUAAUAGGACUCUACUUGAGCGGUCUGGUGGUCUUGAUACUGGUGGUUUUCAACAUCCGCUCCUCACGAGACCAUCCCAAUCUGGGGAUCCAGUUAGUUCAGUGUGGUCUUCAUCUGGAAACUCAUCUAGAGAUUUGGAAAGUUUACAGGUUGGAAGUUUUGAUGCAGCGCACUUUUAUAUGUUUGAUGCUCCUGUUCUUACAUCUGAUCAUGCAUCGGCAACUCUCUUCGGUGAACGGUCUGUUGGUGCUCCACCACCACCUCUGAUAGAUUUUUCUCUUGGGAUGGAUCCCUUGCAGCACUUGGCAGGAGGACGAAGAGGACCGGGUGAUGGACGGUGGACUGAUGAUGGUCAGCCUCAGGGAAGUAAUCAAGCUGCUGCUAUUGCUUAUGCAGUAGAGGAUCAUUUCAUAUCACAGUUGCGCAGUGUGACUGAUGCCAACAGCCCUCUAUCUCAAAGGCCGGCGGAGAUCUCAAGACCGGAGGAGAAGCCACAAGCAGAUAUUCCACCAUCCCAUAUUGAUAGUCAAUUACUGAUAGCUGGUGAUAUCAUUGAUAGUCAGCAAAGUGAAGUGCAACAUCAGGAUGUUAAUAUUGAAUUAACAGAUAAUCAAGAGAAUCCAACAGAAAGUGAACAGGUUGCUGGCAGAGACGAGGAUGGAAGUUUACGAGUGGUGGAAUGUAUGUUAACACAUCCGGAUGCAUUAAACAGGAUCCCAGAUGGGAGUGAAAGCAUGGAAAUUGGCGAGGAUAGUGGUGCUUCUGCUGAACAGUUGCAGGCCGUGCCUGAUUUCGUUACCUCAUCAGAUGGCAUUCUCAAUUUGGAUUCAAGUAACCGGGAUUCAUCUCUGCAGGGUGGAUUAGAUUAUGGAUCCUCAAGGACGGAUAGCCAGUCCAGUAAUUAUGCACGUCUAGACUCUGGCUCAGAAAUUCCUGAGGCUGUUGAUGGUCAUGCUUCUUCAGUUCAUUUAACUGCCGAUGUUGAGAUGGAUGGUACUCACGCUGAAGAGAAUCAGGCUGAACGUGUUAUUCUUGCUUCUGAUGUCAGGGUACAUGAAUCGCUUGCUGGACCGAGCGUUCCAGUGGCCGAGGAUGGUAAUCAGGGUGAUCAAACCAGUUCUAAUAAUGAAACUUCAAGUGCGAAUACUAUUGAUCCAACCUUUUUGGAGGCACUGCCAGAAGAUUUGCGGGCAGAAGUACUGGCUUCCCAGCUUGCCCAACCCGUUCAAGCCACCACAUACACACCUCCUUCUGCAGAAGACAUUGAUCCUGAAUUUUUAGCUGCUCUUCCCCCAGAUAUCCAAGCAGAAGUGUUAGCACAACAACGGGCACAAAGAGUUAUACAAUCUCAUCAAGCUGAAGGUCAAGCAGCUGACAUGGAUAAUGCUUCUAUUAUAGCUACAUUCCCUGCUGAUCUGCGUGAAGAGGUUCUUUUGACUUCUUCCGAAGCGGUACUAUCUGCGCUACCUUCUCCAUUACUUGCUGAAGCCCAGAUGCUGAGAGAUAGAGCAAUGAGCCACUAUCAAGCCCGCAGCCUUUUUGGAAGCACCCAUAGGCUUAGUAGUGCUAGGAGGAAUAGUUUAGGAUUCGAUAGGCAGACAUUGAUGGAUAGGGGUGUUGGUGUUUCAAUUGGUCGAAGGACGGCUUCAGCUUAUGCAGACCGUCUGAAGGUGAAAGAAAUUGAAGGUGCACCUCUUCUGGAUGCAGAUUCCUUGAAAGCUUUGGUCCGGCUCCUGAGGCUAGCACAGCCCCUUGGAAAAGGCCUUCUUCAGAGACUGUUGUUGAAUCUUUGUUCACAUAGUAUUACGAGAGCGAAUCUUCUCCGCCUCUUGCUAAGUAUGAUAAAACCUGAAGCUGAAGGUUUAGUCAGUGGUCCAGCAUCAGUUUCUGCUCAGCGGCUUUAUGGCUGCCGAUGGAAUGUUGUAUAUGGUCGGUCACAGCAUUUGGAUGGUCUUCCACCCCUGGUAUCUCGCAGAAUCCUUGAGAUAUUGACAUAUCUAGCAACAAAUCAUCCAGAAGUGGCACAUAUCCUUUUCUAUUUUGAUCAUCGAUUGGUCACUGAUUCACCAAUUUCCGUGGACGAUAAGAAUGAUAAAGGAAAAGGGAAAUUAAUUGAAGGAACAGACGUGCCCAACCAGCUCGAAGCAUCUCAAGUCGGGGAUAUACCUCUAAUCCUUUUACUGAAGCUCUUGAGUCGACCACUGUUUUUACGCAGUAAUGCUCACCUUGAACAGGUUAUGGGGCUGCUCCAGGUAGUUGUUUUUAAGGCAGCCUUGAGGUUAGAGUGUGAGACCCAAUCUGAACAACCUGCGGCCACUUCCCAGGCUGAGCCUGUUAAUGAAGGAGCAGAGGACAUUCAACAUGAAUCUCCUAUAGUAGAACCAGAUUCCAACCAAGAGUUGAUAAAAGAUACCAGUGCUAAUAUAUCCACACUGGAGCCAAAGAGAACCACCAAUCUUUAUGAUAUUUUCUUGCAGAUUCCAGAGUCUGAUUUGCGCAACAUUUGUGGCCUUCUGGCUCGCGAGGGGCUUUCAGACAAAGUACAUUUGCUUGCUGCUGAGCUGGUAAAGAAAUUGGCUUCCACUGCAAAGCCACAUCGGAAGCUGUUUACAGCAGAAUUAGCAGGUUUAGCUCAUAGUUUGAGUAGCUCAGCGGUGAGUGAACUUGUUACCCUGAGGAGCACAAACAUGUUAGGGCUGAGUGCUGGUUCUAUGGCUGGGGCUGCUAUCUUACGUGUUCUACAAGCACUUAGUAACCUCACUUCACCGAUUCCGGAAGGGAGUAAAGGUCAAGAGAACGAUGCGGAGCAGGAAAAGCUAACUGAUGUAUUGAACUUAAAUGUAGCGCUUGAGCCACUAUGGCAAGAACUGAGCGACUGCAUAAGCACGACUGAGGUAAAACUAGGUCAGAGCCUGGUGUCUUCUCCCAUAUCAAAUCCAAAUCCCAGGGACCCUGUGGGAGGUAACCCUUCUUUGUCUCCACCACUUCCUCCUGGAACCCAGAGACUCUUACCUUUUAUCGAGGCAUUUUUUGUUUUGUGUGAGAAGCUACAAACAAAUGCAACUGGACAGCAAGAUCAAGUCAAUGUUACUGCCAGCGAAGUUAAAGAUGGUGCAUGGACUUCAUUUGCGUUAGAGAAAUUUGAUGGGGUUGUCCAAAGGCGACCUGAUGGUGCUGUUACAUUUGCUCGGUUUUCUGAGAAACAUCGGAGGCUUUUGAAUGCUUUCAUCAGACAAAAUCCAGGCUUGCUGGAGAAAUCACUUUGUAUGAUGCUGAAGGCACCAAGACUAAUUGAUUUUGACAAUAAGAGAGCGUAUUUCCGCUCUAGAAUCAGGCAACACCAUGAGCAACACCCAUCUGCCCCAUUACGCAUUAGCGUUCGCCGUGCAUAUGUUUUGGAAGAUUCCUAUAAUCAGUUACGGAUGCGCCCCACUCAGGACUUGAAGGGGCGCCUAACUGUGCAAUUUCAAGGUGAGGAGGGAAUUGAUGCUGGUGGGUUAACUAGAGAAUGGUAUCAAUUGUUGUCCAGGGUCAUAUUUGACAAGGGAGCUUUGCUUUUCACCACUGUGGGAAACAAUGCAACAUUUCAACCAAAUCCUAAUUCGGUGUACCAAACUGAGCAUCUUUCUUACUUCAAAUUCGUGGGCCGUGUGGUUGCUAAGGCUCUAUUUGAUGGUCAACUUUUGGACGUUUAUUUCACGCGCUCCUUCUACAAGCACAUUCUUGGUGUAAAGGUGACUUACCAUGACAUAGAGGCUGUUGAUCCUGAUUAUUAUAAGAACUUAAAGUGGAUGCUGGAGAAUGACGUGAGUGAAAUACCUGAUUUGACCUUUAGCAUGGAUGCUGAUGAGGAGAAGCACAUUCUUUACGAGAAAACUGAGGUUACCGAUUAUGAGCUUAAACCUGGAGGAAGAAACUGCAGGGUCACAGAAGAGACAAAGCAUGAGUAUGUAGAUCUUGUGGCUGGCCACAUCUUGACAAAUGCCAUUCGCCCUCAGAUCAAUUCUUUCCUGGAAGGUUUCAAUGAAUUGGUACCCCGAGAGCUUAUUUCAAUUUUUAACGAUAAAGAGCUUGAACUGCUUAUUAGUGGGCUUCCAGAAAUUGACUUGGAUGACCUACAGGCCAAUGCUGAGUAUACUGGUUACAGUGCUGCUUCUAAUGUGGUUCAGUGGUUCUGGGAAGUUGUCAAAGCGUUCAGCAAAGAAGACAUGGCAAGGUUGCUUCAGUUUGUCACUGGGACAUCCAAGGUCCCUUUGGAUGGUUUUAAAGCUUUGCAAGGAAUAUCUGGUCCUCAGCGAUUUCAGAUUCACAAGGCGUAUGGGGCACCAGAGAGGUUACCAUCAGCUCAUACCUGCUUUAACCAACUGGACCUCCCCGAGUAUUCCUCCAAGGAACAGCUUCAAGAACGCUUGUUGCUUGCAAUUCAUGAAGCUAGUGAGGGUUUUGGCUUCGGUUAACAAAGUUGAUAAAAAAUGAGGUUAAGCCAGAGAAGCCAGCAAGUUCUUCAUGUGUUGCUAUGUACAUAUACAGAGGUGACCCAUUGAGGUUGACAGAGAAGAGAUAUAACUUUCACCAAAAGGCUCGUGAACACUGUGGCGAUUAAGUGUCAACUGGAUCAGAAGUUUAUUUAAGUUUGGAAGCUUAUAUAGACUGUGGGUACUAUUUACAAUAGAUAAUUUCCUCACUUUCUAUUGAGCGGCAGAUUUUAUUAUUCUGCGUUCGGAGGGAGUUGUGAUGGCAUAGCAGCGGCAGCAACAAUUUGCAAGUUGCAUUGAGAAGUCGUUCUUAUCUAACUCAAAUUCUUUGUUUUCCUGAAUACUAGUAUAACCUAGCAAACCAUAUAUAUCUGCCGCAACCUUGUUUAUAUCGCUGUGGCAUAAUCCAUCUAUCGGCAGUUUCUCUCGCUUUUUUUUUCCUUAUUCGGGGGGGUUAUCUACCUUUUUUAUUUUAUUGUGAAUGCUGAAUUACUUUCUCUAUAUAAUGAAUAAAAAGGCGGGUUUAUUUGGUUUUA